AUGAUGAAGAAAUUCACCCGCGCCUAUUCUUCGGCUUCCACCUUGGGAGGCAACCCAAUCCCUCCUUCAAAGAUUCAGUAUAUUCCUACUUCAGGGAAAUACCCCAAGGGCUUCGCCGCUUCAGGCAUCUGGGCCGGUGUCAAGCCUGGAAACACAAGCAAGCCCGACAUCGCUAUCGUCACGUCUGACCGACCAUGCGCUGCUGCGGGUGUCUUUACAAAGAAUAAGUUCCAGGCUGCUCCUGUGACGUACAGCAGGAAAUUGCUCCAGCAGAAGAAGAACUCUGGUCUGCGAAGCGUCGUCGUCAAUUCGGGCAACGCGAAUGCUGUCACCGGCACCGGAGGCCUUGAAGAUGCUACCAACAUGGCUCGCGCCACGGAUAAGAGGGUAGGAGAUGAGGACUCUACUAUUGUUAUGAGUACCGGAGUUAUUGGUCAGAGGCUUCCUAUUCAGAAGAUUCUUGACAAGAUUCCUGCUGCUGUUAGCAAGGCUGGCGACUCUCACAACAACUGGCUUGAUUGCGCAAAGGCGAUUUGCACAACUGACACUUUCCCCAAGCUCAUGUCUCGAAGCUUCGAGCUUCCCUCAUCGCCAGGUAUUGAGUACCGCAUUGCUGGUAUGACCAAGGGUGCGGGUAUGAUUGCUCCCAACAUGGCUACUCUUCUCACUAUCUUGGCUACUGAUGCUCCUAUCUCUCCCUCUGUCAUGCCCAACGUCCUUCGACAUGCCGUCGACCGAUCAUUCAACUCCAUUACUAUCGAUGGUGACACUUCUACCAACGACACCGUCGCUCUUCUUGCCAACGGUGCGGCUGGUGGUAAGGAGGUUUCUUCCGAGCAGUCUGCUGACUACGAGGCCUUCCAGAAGCUCCUCACCGAGUUCUCUGUCGAUUUGGCCAAGUACGUCGUCCGAGAUGGCGAGGGUGCUACCAAGUUCGUGACCAUCCGUGUUGUCGACAGUGCUUCCGAGGAGGCUGCUCGCCAGGUUGGCCGAUCUAUCGCUACAUCACCCCUCGUGAAGACCGCCCUCUACGGCAAGGACGCCAACUGGGGCCGAGUUCUUUGCGCCACUGGUUACGCUCUUAUCUCUGCUCCUGGACAGCCUGUGAACGACGUUCCCGAGAUUACUCCUGAGCGAACCAACGUCUCUUUCAUCCCUACUGACGGCUCAGCUGAGCUGAAGUUGCUGGUUGAUGGUGAGCCUGAGCAGGUUGACGAGACCCGAGCGGCUGAGAUCCUUGCCAUGGAGGAUCUCGAGAUUGUGGUCAGACUUGGAACUGGUGAUAAGUCUGCUGUGCACUAUACUUGCGACUUUAGCCACGACUAUGUUACCAUCAACGGUGACUACCGAACUUAG